GUGAACGUGUGUCUCAUGGGGGAUCCCGGAGUGGCGAAAUCUCAGCUUCUGGCGUAUGUUAAUCGUCUCACUCCUCGCGGAGUCUACACGACUGGACGAGGAUCCUCCGGAGUGGGUUUGACUGCGGCCGUGAUGCGGGACCCGCUCACUGGUGAGAUGUGUUUGGAAGGUGGAGCCCUGGUGUUGGCGGAUCGAGGCGUGUGUUGCAUUGACGAGUUUGACAAGAUGCUGGACGCUGAUCGAACUGCGAUUCACGAAGUCAUGGAACAACAGACUGUGUCCAUUGCCAAGGCCGGCAUCCUGACCACGCUGAAUGCCCGCACCAGCAUCCUCGCUGCUGCGAACCCGGCCUACGGGAGAUACAAUCCCAAACGAUCCCUGGAGGCAAACAUCCAGCUGCCUGCAGCCCUCUUGUCUCGUUUCGACCUCCUCUGGUUGAUCCGGGAUCUGCCGGACCGGGACAACGACUUGCGACUCGCGGCCCAUGUGGCCUACGUGCACAAGAACAAGCGAGAGCCGCCCAUGGCCACGGAGCCCCUGUCCAUGGCGUCCAUGCGCCGGUACUUGGCCCGCUGCAAGGCCAUCAACGCCGUCAUCCCCAAACACCUCACCGAGUUCAUUGUGAGCACUUAUGUGGAGCUGAGGAAGGAGGCGCGGAAUGACAAGAAUGCCACGUUUACGAGUGCCCGGUCUUUGUUGGCCAUUUUGCGUCUCGCUACUGCUUUGGCGAGGUUGAGGCUGAACACGGAAGUGACGAAGCCGGAUGUUCUGGAGGCUGUCAGACUGAUGACCAUGUCGAAGGAUUCCCUGGUUCCGGAUCCGUCUCGUGUCGGAAGGGCCCAAUCUGUGACUGACGUGAUCUACGCACUCAUUCGAACCAUGGGCGAGGAAACCAGAACGCUCAAGAUUUCCGACAUCAAGGACCGUUGCGCUGCCAAAGGCUACAAGGCGAACCAAGUGGACGAAUGUCUGGAAUUAUAUCAAGAGUUGAACGUGUGGCAGAUCAACACCCAGAAGACACGACUGACCUUCAUUUAAAUACGAUUCCAGAUUUCUCUUUUUUUUUUUUGUGAAUUCCUGCACGGG